AUGUUGCGUGGCUGGGCUGCUAUUGCUGGAAUAACGGCGGUGCCCGCUGUGGGCAUCUAUGCCUCACUUCAACAGCAACAAAUCUUAUCCCCAGAGCCAUCAUCUCUCUUUACUUCAUUUUCUUCGUCCAUCUCCUCGACACUGGGUCUAAGCUCCACGACCGAGGAUGAAGCAUUCAAGGCGGAGUGGGACGGACGCAUCCAGAGCGAUGGCUUGUUAAGCUCGAAAUUCGGGAUGUACGGGUGGCCAAAGCAGUCUUUCGACUAUGUUAUCGUCGGCGGUGGCACUGCAGGACUCGCUAUGGCGCGCAGACUAAGUGAAGAUGGCUCAAACUCCGUGGCCGUAAUCGAAGCCGGAGGAUUCUACGAAAUCGAUGGCGGCAACGCGACAGAAGUUCCAAUGUACCUCUUCAAUUACUUCUUGGACAAUGGAUGGGUGAAGAAUCCGCUCUUCGACUGGUAUCAAUACACGGUGCCACAGCCUGUAAGAUCUUCUCGCGAGAUGGAAGUUGUACGAUGACUGAGUAUACUUCAGGGGCUGGCGAACCGGUCAAUGUUCUAUAUGUCCGGGAAAACACUUGGAGGAAGCUCUGCACGAGGGGCGAUGCUGUAUCAUCGGUACGAAUGCUUCUCCGGAUGAUUUUGAGCAUUCAAGAUGCUAACUUUAACUCGAUACUAGCGGCUCGAAAGGUGCAUAUCAAAAAUGGGCUGACCACGUUGGCGAUCAGUCCUACACGUGGGAUAAGUGGCUGCCAUACUUUCAGAAGAGCGUGAAGUUCUCUGAUCCAACUACGAACUCACGUCCCGCCAACGCGACCGCAUACUUUGACGCAAGCGCAUUUGCCGAGGGUGCUGGACCUGUGCAUGUUGCCUAUCCUCACUGGACCAAUGCCAUCUCCUCAUGGGUCGAUAAGACUUUCGAGGCCCUUGGCAUUCCUCUGGCCGAAGGAUUCUCGAACGGUAAUCUUUUGGGCCGAUCCUAUAUUACCGUAUGUGUCGUGGCUCUCUCCAUAGUUGUUGCUGACAGUACUUAGCAUACAAUUCACCCUCACACACGCCGCCGAGAGACUUCUUCCUCUUCAUAUCUCCGAGAAGCGCUAUUGAAGAGCCAGAAGUUGAACAUCUUCACCCGCACGAUCGCCACCAAAGUGUUAUUCGACGAAUCGAAGAAGGCAACCGGAGUUUCGCUGAAUACCGACGGAUUUCAAUGGAAGAUCGCUGCGAACAAGGAGGUCAUCGUGUCGGCCGGCGUUGUAAGUGUCAAGGGAUCUCCGUACACAAUCACCUGAGGUCUGACCAUAUGCGUAGAUGCGGUCCCCGCAACUGUUGAUGGCUUCCGGCGUUGGCCCAGAGAAGACGCUUGAGCCCUUGGGGAUUGAUGUUCUUGCCGAUCGACCUGGUGUUGGUCAGAAUAUGUGGGUAAGUACACGAGUCCAAUGCAUUCGAUUUCCCGUUAUGGUGGCUAAUACUGUAACACUAGGACACCAUCAUCUUAGGUCCCACUAGUCCAGUCGGCCUUCAGAGUCACAGCCAACUUCUUGGAUCAAAGGAGACUCUCGGAAGGGCUAUAUAUGAGUACAAUACAAAGCGCAGCGGACUCCUCACAAAUCCUGGCCAAGACUACUUUGCCUUCGAGAAACACCACCCAGGCAUGCUGUCGGAGUCGACUGCAGAAGCCAUUGAACAAGACUUCCCUGCGGAUUGGCCCACUUUCUCUUACAUUGCCCUGGAUGACAGCUUCGUCCCGCAAUGGAACGGUCAGAGCUACUUCAGCAUGUCUGCCGUACCGCUCACCCCCUUCUCUCGAGGCACCGUAACGAUCAACAGCUCCGAUGUCUUACAGCAUCCCGUUGUCGAUCCCAAGUGGCUUGCCGACCCUCGAGACCGCGAGCUUGUCGUCGCAGCUUUCCGCCGUUGCCGCCAAUUCGUCGAGUCAGCACCUCUGCGGGAUAUCAUUACCGGCCCCGAGAUUCUGCCCGGGACCAAGUAUCAGUCCGACGAAGAGAUCUACAACUACAUUGCCGAGACGUCGGACGCUUUCUACGCAGGCGUGGGUACCUGUGCGAUGGGGAAAAUCGACGAUCCCUUGAGCGUUGUAGACACCUCUGCACGCGUUAUCGGGGUCCAGGGCCUGCGGGUGGUCGACGCUUCGGCGUUCCCCUUCAGUAUUGAUGGACAACCCAUGGGGACUAUCUGUGAGUGUGCCUCUUUCCAAUGAUGCGUUCGGGUCGCUGACAGGGCGUGCAGAUGCUCUGGCGGAAAAGAUUGCCGCAGAGAUGCUUGCAGAGAGACAGACUUUGCAUGAGAAUGAGUUGUAG